AUGACUUCCAACAAAGCGUUCGUCUUCAAAAAAGUCCCUGAGGGCUACCCCGUCGCGGGGGAGCACCUCGUCACCGAGCCGGCCGCCUAUGACGCCACCGUCGCCGCGCCCGCCGACGGCGUCGUGCUGCAGUCGCUGUACACCAGUCUCGACCCCUACAUGCGUGGCCGCAUGCGCGCGCCCGAAGUGAAGUCCUACUCGCCGCCCUUCACUCUCAACGAGCCGGUGACCAGUCGGAGCAUCGCCAAGGUCGUGCGCUCGAACAAUUCCAAGUUCCCCGAGGGUGAAGUCGUCAUUGGAUUCUUGCCCGUCCAGGAAUACGUUGCGCUGCCUGGCGAGCAGCUUGGCACCAUCAGCAAGCUGGAGAACCCGCUUGGCAUCGAAGACAUCCGUGUGUUCCUAGGUGCGCUCGGUAUGCCCGGCCUGACGGCGUACUCAUCGCUGUACGAAAUUGGCAAGCCGAAGAAGGGCGAGACGAUCUUUGUGUCUGCCGCCAGUGGAGCCGUGGGCGCCCUGGUCGGUCAAUUGGCCAAGCACGAGGGUCUGCGCGUGGUUGGAUCUGUGGGCUCCGACGAGAAGCUCGACUUUAUCACCAAGGAGCUGGGCUUCGAUGGCGGAUUCAACUACAAGAAGGAAAAGCCUGCCGAUGCUCUAGCGCGCCUUGCUCCCGAGGGAAUCGACAUCUACUACGAGAACGUCGGCGGCGAGCACCUCGAGGCCGCGCUGAAUGCCAUCAACAACUUCGGCCGUGUGGUUGUGUGCGGUAUGAUCUCGCAGUACAAUUCGGCCCCAUACCCGAUCACGAAUAUCGCCAACGUUCUGACCAAGCGCCUGGAUAUGCGCGGGUUUAUUGUCGGCGAUGCCAACAUGGGUCCCCUGUACGCUAAGGAGCAUCAGGAGAAGGUGCAGAAGUGGAUCAAGGAUGGAUCGUUCAAGGCUCUCACAUAUGAGACUGUGGGCAUUGACAAUGCUAGCGAGGCCUUGAUUGGGCUCUUCUAUGGCAAGAACUAUGGCAAGGCUGUGCUGAAGUUCUAG